GAGUCACGCAACUUAUACAUAAAGUCCGUGGCAUGUGCAAGGAAGAGCAUGGAAUAUUCUUCUAGCACCUGCACUUAAUAGGCGGGAGGGUCGGCUAUUUACUGAAGAAACAAUCCGAAAGGUUAUAGUUUCCUGUCUGCACUGGUUUAAAAAAAAAAAAAACAGUUCGGCACAAACCAGUAAGAGAAUCUUUUCCGGCCGUAUCAUCGGGUGGCCAUUUUACUCCACGAUGACCUCAGGAGCCAGGUUUAGGGCUGGGUCAGGGUCUUCUGGGUUGGUCAGUCUUCUCGGAGACGACGCAAGAGAAGGAGGGCCCGGCACUGUGACCAUUUCUACGGUGACCAAAACCUACACUACGGAAGGAUCUGGGCAAGCAAACAAAAGCUUGUCCUCUGCGUUGGCCUAUUCUCCUGUUUUGAAGGACAGGAAGAUCCUGACCAGCUCGUCAGCGGCUCACAAUGAGGUUUUCGAAGAGAGCUCAAGUACAGACUCGUCUCCGGUGUAUUCCCGGAAGGAGUAUGGCUCCGCAAAGGCGACUUCAGGUUCUGCCACUAGAGGGCGAAUUCCCAGCCGAGAGAGUGAGAUCCGAACCAGGCUCCAGAGUGCGUCUCCUUCAGCAAGCUGGACAGAGCUGGGUGAUGUGAAACGUUUGCUGAAAGGAAGUACGGCCGAAAGCAGCGGCGCUUUCCAGUCCACCAACAACUCGCUGCCCAUCCCCAAGAAGGGCACCGUAGAAACCAGGAUCAUCUCCGAGACAACCAGCGCCAUUCAGUCUCCGAACAACUCGUUCCCCAUUCCCAAGAAGACCAGUUUUGAAACUACGACCAUGUCUGAGAGCACCGGUGUUAUUCAGUCUCCCAACAACUCGCUUCUCGUUCCCAAGAACGCCGGCAUAGCAACCAGGACCAUGUCCGGGAGCACCAGCACCAUUCAGUCUCCUAACAACGCUUUUCUAAUUCCGAACAAGGUCAGUUUGGAAACAAGAAACAUGCCUGAGAGCACCGGCAGUAUCCUGUCACCUAAAAACUUACUGGGCACCCCCAGAAAGGCCAGUAUGGAUACACGGAUCGUGACUGAGAGCUCCACUACAGGUCUCUCGACAGUUCCAGACUUCUAUGGUGGCGUAUGGCCUGCAGGUGUUAACAGCAGCUACAGCUACAACACAUCCCCCAGCAACCUAAACACAACUUCUAACAUGUACCAAUCAGGUGGGGGAGUUCAGAAAAAUAUCAGCCUCAGCUCGUCCCCGAUGCACGGUGGACUAUCAGUCAACAGUACUGGGACAAAGUACGGUGUUCAGAAUAACCUGACCGGCCCCAGUCCUCCUGUCUUCUCUCCCGUCGGAACCACCACACCAGUCGGUUACGGUGUGCAGAAAAACGUCUCCGUCCCCAGCCCCAGCCCCAGCCCUGUAAUUAGCACAACCACAACCACAACCGCAGUGCGGCCCAGCAGCCCCUCCGCAGACGAGUCUUUCAGCAAAGAUUUCAAGUUUACCAUGACAGAGAAGGAAAACGUUCCUGUCAAGAAGGAAACCGAACGACUGGUCACGACUAAAGACACGGGCAAGCAGUUUGUGUCCGCGGCUUCCGCCACGUCUGCCAGAUCGUCCACUGUGGAGUACUCGGAUGACUCACUGUUGAGAGAGAAACGCAAAUUUGCAGCCGCGACAAUGCAUGACGACAGAGACACUUCAGGGGCGGCCUUCAAGAUGUCCUCAAAAGAGGAUGCUGGCUGUGCAGACAUGUGCAACGAUGCCCCCUGCUUCGGUCUGAGCCGCUGCUGCCGCUGCAGCUGGUGGAAGUGGCUGCUGGGCCUCCUGCUCAGCCUGCUCUUCCUCCUCGGUCUCCUCUUCGGACUCAUCGCCCUGAGUGAAGAAGUGAAACGUCUCAGGAAGCGAGUUGAUGCUCUGGAGGCCAUCACUGGCACUGCGUCGGCGAGGUCCAGUCGCCUCUCUGGGGUCAACAUUGACAACCCCCUGGAGUCCAAAUACACUGACAGGAGUUACUCCAGGUCCAGUUAUGAUAAUGGCAUUGGUUUAGCAGGGGGAUCUGAGGAUCUGCAGAAAACAGUCCAGCAGUUGGUCCAAUCUGAACUCCGCUCUGAUGCAUUUAGAGCCUCAAUAAAGGGAACUAAAGGCGACCCUGGAAUUAAAGGGGAUGCAGGCCUUCUCGGGCUAAAAGGUGAUAGUGGAUUCCCUGGUAUGCCAGGUCUUCCUGGUCCAGCUGGAACAGAAGGACCAAGCGGUGCGAAGGGAGCUUCAGGUGUGGACGGCUUUCCAGGACUCGAAGGGAAAACUGGCCCUCGUGGAGAACCUGGACCACCAGGUUUCGGACAAAAGGGCGAAAAAGGAUCACCGGGUGAACCAGGUGUUCCUGGACUCAUGGGUCAGAAAGGUGUUCCUGGUCUAAAGGGUUCAAAAGGGGAUUCUGGAAUCCGUAGUAAAGGUAUGCCAGGACUUGAUGGGCUCCCGGGCCCUGCUGGACCAAAGGGCUCCAAAGGAAGUCCAGGUGUCGUUGGAGUUCCAGGACAGCCUGGUGCUAAAGGUGAAAUGGGUCAGGCUGGUCAAAUCAUUUCAACUCAACGUGGCUCUGGUACUGUGGCCAUCCCUGGACCGCCGGGUCCCCCCGGAAUCCCCGGUGUGCCCGGUCCUGCCGGUCCAAGAGGACACCCUGGUGUGAAGGGGGACCAAGGUGAGACAGGACAGGCCGGUUCCGGCAUCACAAGUUCAAGUUCAAGUAUAAGUUCAAGUUCAAGUUCAGAAACUUUCAGUGCAACACGAACUGGUAGACUGUCUUCAGGGGCUGGACUUGUGGGACCACCGGGACCUCCAGGACCCCCAGGACCACCUGGUCUCCGAGGUCCUGCUGGUAUUGGAUCACCUGGACCCGCAGGGCCCAAAGGAGACCCUGGCAGUUUUGUCCCUACAUCAGAAACCUUCUUUGCUGGACCACCAGGACCGCCUGGUCCAGAGGGCCCACAGGGUGAGCGAGGACCACGAGGUUUCCAAGGUGAAGAAGGUCAGCCCGGUCUACCAGGAGCUCCAGGACCAGCAGGUGGAUCAGGAUUUUCCAGCAGCUCCUUCGGGACCUCGUCAAGACAAGGACCCCCCGGUCCUCCUGGACCCCCCGGACCGCCCGGAAGAGGAUCGAGUGUGUCGAGUUCGCGGGAAAUGCGCGAGUACAUUGCAGAGUACCUUCAAGAUGGAAGCAUUAGGCAGUCUCUGGUGGGGCCUCCUGGGCCUCCAGGUCCUCCCGGGAUCGGAGGGGCCUCCGGAGACCAGAUGACGGAGGUCGUGGCAAACCGAGUCAUCACUUUCCUGCAAAGUCAGGGCCAGGGGUAUGGAGGGUCUUCAGGGUCUUCAGGCUCUUCAAGCUCUUCAGGCUCUUCAAGCUCUUCAGGGUCUUCAAGCUCUUCAGGUUCUUCAGGCUCUUCAGGCUCUUUAGGCACUGUGAGCGUCUCUGUUCAAGGUGGAUCCCUUGCUGCCAAAGACAUCAUCAGUCUUUUACAACGAGAGGAUGUGAAGAAAUAUGUGGCUGGGCCCCCGGGUCCACCGGGGCCCCCUGGAACUCCCGGUCAAGGAAGCUACCGAUUUAACAUCCAGGAUGUGGCUGACCGUGCCCUCAGUUUAAUGAAAGAAAGGGGAAUGGUCGGUGUCCCUGGACUUCCUGGACCUCCUGGGCCUCCUGGCCGUUCUGGAAGUGGGUUUUCAAGUGAGCGUAUCACUUCUGUUGGCACUCAAGGGCCUCCUGGUACUCCAGGUCCGCCAGGACCACCUGGACCACCAGGAACUGGAAGCUACAUGAGAUCAGAUAUUCGCGAAUACCUGCAAAGUAAUGCUCUUAGAGGCCUUCCUGGUCUUCCAGGGCCCCCAGGACCUGUUGGUCCCCCCGGUUCGAUCCAGGGACUUUCCUUAACCGAUCUUGCCAACGGCGGGACGAUCAGAUCGGAAAGACGGGAAUACGUCAGCAGUGACGGGACAAGAGGAAGUAUGUUCGGUAUUCCUGGUCCGCCAGGACCUCCCGGACCCCCAGGAGACAAGGGAGAUGCAGGUUUACCUGGUGGCAGGAGCUGGAACACGGAUUCUGGGGACUUUUCUAGAAUGGCUAGGAGCGUAACCGACUACAUCAAAUCCAACGGUCUGCUCCGAGAUGUCGUGAGAGAAUCUGGUGGCGUCGGCCAAGGUCCCCCGGGACCUCCUGGUCCCCCGGGAGCGCCGGGCUCCAGUCAGUGGUUUACUACUCAAGACAACGCUGUGAAUGUGGUGGAAUACAUCAGAUCCCAGGGUCUCCUGCGUGACUAUGGGAGGGAUCAACAGGGAGGAACCAGAGGACUUCCGGGACCUCCAGGACCUCCAGGCUCCACUCGAUGGUUUGGCUCUCAAGGGAAUGCCACAGAUCUGGUGGAAUACAUUCGAACUCGUGGUGUCCUAGGGGACAUCAUCCGGGAGUAUACCAGUCACAUCUUCCAAGGACCACAAGGCCCACCGGGACCUCCUGGUCCUUCCAGCCACGGCCAAGUGUAUGGUUCCCAUGGAAACUACACCGAUCUUGUGCAAUACCUCCAAACACACGGUUUGAUUGGUAACGGAGGACGGAGCAACUAUGAACGCACCAGUCAAGGGCCACAAGGACCUCCUGGGCCUCCAGGGGCCCCUGGAUAUAGCCGGGUGUUUGGUUCUCAAGCCAACGUCACAGAUUUAGUGGAAUUCAUUAGGACACACGGAGCCAUUGUUGGAGCAAUGGGACCACCGGGACCUAAAGGAGAAAUGGGAUACCCAGGUCAAAAGGGAGACAGAGGUGACCCUGGUCCUCCAGGACCCAGAGGUGACUACUCGACGUACAGAAGAACAAAGAGGAACAUUCCGGUUUGACAAUGUUUUCCAUGCUCUGAUGCACCAGUUUAAGCUUCCAUUGUCUUUUACAUUUGCAGUAUCUGCUUUGCUGUUUGAUAUCAAUUAUAAUCCAAUACUCCACAAUUUACAGGCUUGUAUUUAGUUUUAACAGCAAGCAUAACGAAACCAGCAUUAGUCAAACGUGUGUAUAUUUAUAAAAUCAUACCUUGUUUAUGUUCUUUGUGCAACUAAAUAGUGUCGCAACUUUAAAAAAGUUUAGGCUUAUAUCUAAGGGAUUGUUUUAAAUGAUUUUACUACAAAUAAAUGCACUUCAAGACGGCACGGCUUUAUGACAGACAAAAGUGUUUAUUUACAGGAAGAAAAAAAAUCUACACGACAGGUUAUCUAAAACUACGCAUUUAGAAAAAAAAUGCACCAUGAUUAUUUGAUCCAGAUUACCAGGUUGACAUUCAGAAUGUAAUCAUCAUUUUUUUUAAAUGAACAUUUUGAUUCACAAUAAGAGGAGCAAGCGCAGUAUGUAGAAAUACUGUAUGUGAGGUGCACAGCACUCCCGUUUUGUUUUUUUGUGCAUAACCAAUAAAUAGCUUCAGUAACACUUUAUAGCCAAAUAGCAAUAAAUCGGAUGAUUAAUCAAUACAGCCUAAACCAGUCAGGCCCAUUCAAGAUAUUAAUUGAAUUUAAUACUUCAAUUUCUUGGCAAAUUUUAAAUUGAAAUGUUCAGAAAUUGUAAAAUCAAUCAAGUAUAAAGGCUGUGAGCUUGCAUGCCAGUUUACUGCUUGCUAAAUAAAUGCUUAAUUUGCAGAUUAAUCAGAAAGAAAAUAGAGGAAAAUGAUUAACGUCUUUAAGGAUUUGUACUCAUAGCUGAAAGUUGGGAAAUUGCUGACUGCUUCAAUGGUGAAUAAAUCUGGUCUGUUUGUAAAA